ACACGCGGCAGGACGAGCUCGGGCGAGGCCCCAGGCCCGGGAACGACUUCCCGAGCCCCGAGACCGCGGGCUCCCUGUCCAGCUGGCGUCUGGGCCGAGGAAGGGGCAUCCCGGCAGCGCCGCGCGCCAGCCGUCAGCAUGCGGGUGGCGCAAGUGCCGUUCCCAGACUGAGGAGCCUGCUUCCGACACCCUCGCUGGAGUCUGGCUUAUGUGCCUCCCUGAAGCCAGAGCUGCCUGCGGUCAUCGUUUGCUCCUGAAAUGGACGUUCCUCGGGCGCCCUCUGGUGGAGUGCGGCGCUAACCGUCCGUGAAUGAGGAGUGAUGGCCACCGCCCUGCCGCCGGGCUCGCCGCCUGCCCCGGGGAACGAGACCCUGCGGCAGCAUUACCACUAUGUGGGGAAGCUGGCAGGCAGGCUGAAGGAGGCCUCCGAGGGCAGCACGCUCACCACCGCCCUCUUCCUGGUCAUCUGCAGCUUCAUCGUCUUGGAGAACCUGAUGGUUUUGAUUGCCAUCUGGAAAAACAAUAAGUUUCACAACCGCAUGUACUUUUUCAUCGGCAACCUGGCUCUCUGCGACCUGCUGGCCGGCAUCGCCUACACGGUCAACAUUCUGAUGUCCGGCAAGAAGACGUUCAGCCUGUCUCCCACGGUGUGGUUCGUGAGGGAGGGCAGCAUGUUCGUGGCGCUCGGGGCGUCCACCUGCAGCUUGCUGGCCAUCGCCAUCGAGCGGCACUUGACCAUGAUCAAGAUGAGGCCCUACGACGCCAACAAGAAGCACCGUGUUUUCCUCCUGAUCGGGAUGUGCUGGCUCAUCGCCUUCUCGCUGGGCGCCCUCCCCAUCCUGGGCUGGAACUGCCUGCACAAUCUCCCCGACUGCUCCACCAUCCUGCCCCUCUACUCCAAAUGGUACAUCGCCUUCUGCAUCAGCAUCUUCAUCGCCAUCCUGAUGACCAUCGUGAUCCUCUAUGCGCGCAUCUACUUCCUGGUCAAAUCCAGCAGCCGCAAGGUGGCCAACCACAACACCUCCGAGCGGUCCAUGGCGCUGCUGCGGACCGUGGUGAUCGUUGUGAGCGUCUUCAUCGCCUGCUGGGCUCCGCUCUUCCUCCUCUUCCUCACUGACGUGGCCUGCAGGGUGAAGGAGUGCCCCGUCCUGUUCAAGGCGCAGUGGUUCAUCGUGCUGGCUGUGCUCAACUCUGCCAUGAACCCUGUCAUCUACACGCUUGCCAGCAAGGAGAUGCGGCGGGCCUUCUUCCGCCUGGUCUGCACCUGCCUGGUCCGGGGCUGGGGGGCCCGCUCCCCUCCCAUCCAGCCCACUCUCGACCCUAACAGAAGCAAGUCGAGCAGCAGCAACAGCAGCAGCCACUCCCCCAAGGUCAAGGAAGACCUGCCCCACUCAGCCACCUCGUCCUGCAUCAUCAACAAAAACAAAACCCUGCAGAACGGGAUCCUCUGUAAGUGAGCACCUCCACGCGUCCCCCUCUGCAGCUACGUUCUUAUUUAUUGCAUGCGUGCUGUGACUUGGGAGACCCACUUUAUUUUGCCCAACAGCCUGCCCCGUGUGGAUGUCUCUGAAGGAAGGGACCCAAGGGGUCGCCAACCCAUUUCGUGUAGACAACGUGCCUUGUCCUUUUCGUGCUCUAGGGUCUUCUGAAUGUACUAAGCCGCUGACAUCAUCCGCUGCCUUCCACUGAGUCCCCGAUGCUGCUCUUCGUUGUUCACGGAGAGGGAAGGUCGUGGGCCACACAGUACACAGUGUGGUCCUCAGUGUGUCUUUGGAUGAUGUUCUGAUAACUUUACACUACAUUGAUGGUGCAUAAAAUGGACCCCUGUGUAGUUGUACAUGUCUUACACACAAUUUGUGUUCCAACUGUUUGCCAUGUGGUACCUACAUAAAGUCACAGUAUACCAUACAGUUACGAAGCAGUUAUACAUGUACGUUCCGAUGGAACCACCAGCUACAAGGACAUGGUUGUGAGGUAGGUAGACAUGCCAUUCCCAGGCUCCUCAGACUAUAUCUCCUGUGAAGCAAGUUUUUAAGGCCCAAAUUCCUGAAAAGGGCUUGUCUAAGGCUGGCCCCAGAUGUGUGGGUCUGGCCCAAACCAGCCCUGUGUCCCUUCAGUCGUAUGUACCUGCAUAAUUUUAAGCACACCCAAAAGCCAAAUCAUGGGAUUAUUGGGAGGUUUCUGCAAAUCACAGAAAAGCCAGCCAAGAUCUCUCAGGAGCCUGCGCCCCCAGACCAACCAAGAAAGAACCACAAGGGGGAAGCAGGUGGACCGCUGGCCUGACCUACCUGCCCAGGUCUCCAGGAAUAGUACUCUGCUCAAUGUAAUGGAGAGUUCCCACUGAGUGAGGAGAGGUGUACAAGACGGCAUGUCAAGUCUGUGUUGAGUUUGAUUCUAUAUCGGAAAAGCAGCAAGUCAGCAAUCCGCUGGGUUGUCACAGCUAAGGAGCUGGGGCCAUCAGUGAAGUUUCACAGCUUCCUGAAAGCUGACACUAACGGUGACUGUUACUGAGAGUAGUUCAAUUGUCAGGUUCGGAAAUGGGAUCUGGCAGUUUAUGCAUUCUUCCAAGAGAUGUAUUAUAAUAAUACCUACGUGGUACUGGGAUUGUACUUUUCAACCCAAGCUGAACCUGUAUCACUGUGUGUACCUUAUAAAGGGAUUACUUAGAAGACAUUUUUGUUCACGUUCUUUCCCAAGGAUUCUACAUGUAGUGCAAACAGAGGACCAGUGAACACGUUUGUAGAGCUAUUAUAAGCACGUAGUUGCUGUGUUAUUUGUAAAAAUGAGAACAAAAACAACCCUCAAAAGGACUCUUACUUGAGUGAGAGGCCCCUGAAGUUUUUUAGGUUCAGAGAGAAUUUCGCCUGAGUAAAAUCUAAAAGAGCAGUCUCUUAACUCAUUAAUAAUUUUUUCUUAGAGAAAUUGAUUCCUCUUUGUUAUCUGAUAUAGCUACUCUUAUUGAGGAACAUUUCCCUGAGUCCUGGGUAACCUCCAUGUACUGACCAAAGACUUUCCUAAGUUUUGUCACUGAUGCGUGAGAUCAAACGUAUUUGUAAGCAGAUGCUUAUCAGGGGCAAUCUUUGUUGCCUUCUCUACAUCACUGAAAAUGCCUUAUGCUCUUAUCAAAUAGCAUGAGAAAACCCAGGGUAUUUCUAGAAAAGUAAAGCAUUAAGGUACUGGGCUAACAAAAAAUAAAAACCCAAUGCAUCAGUUUGGUUUCGCAUUUUCACAUCGGUAAUGACAUGACUUUAGAACUUCAUCUGUGUCAUAGUUUGAGUUGCCUGACGGCCCUUGGAUUUCUCUGUCGCUAAUAUUAAUAACACUUUGCUCCAUAACCCUGACUUCCUCAAUACCUUGCAUCCACUAACUCUUCUAGGGAGCCCACCAUCCCACCAGGAGGUAUCAGUGUUUGUGGUGAGAUAUAAGGCACUCCUUCAAGAUAACACAAAACUUCUAAGCAACCUUAAAAAUAUGCCAAGUUAAAAAUACACCAAAAAAAUAACUGUGCUCAUUUGGUAGAUGCAAAAAACAAUCACCUUGGAUACCAGUAUGUAAGUUCCUAACUAGCUAGCCAGCUGGAGAUAAUGUGGAAGUCCAGCGUUUCAAAGCCCCGACCCUGAAGCUUGGAAGCAGGUGAUCUUACACACCGUGGAAACCUAUGCAUCUGAUCUCAUUUCAGUUACUAUUUCUCACUUACUAUUGCCAAUGUAUGUUUUUUUAAAAAAUAAAACCACAAGCUUUCGUAUACACCCA